GCACUGGUGGGCACAGGUGGGUGGGCACAUGUGGGUGGCACUGCUGGGCACAGGUAGGUGGCACUUCUGGGCACAGGUGUGUGACACUGCAGAGUGGCACAGGUGGGUGCACUGCUGGGCACAGGUGGGUGCACUGCUGGGCACAGGUGGGCGGAGCUAGUGGGCGCACUGCUGGGCACAGGUGGGCGGAACUUGUGGGUGGCACUGCUGGGCACCGAUCAUCAGGGCACUGAUCAUCAGUGGCCCUGAUGAUCGCGUGUCAUUGGACACCGCUGAUCACGUGGUAAAAGGCCUUUUACCACAUCUCGUGAUCAGCUGUGU